UGGGUAAUGAAGCUGUCACUCUGGCACCUACUUGUUGGGUGUUCGUGCAGUGCGGGCGCGCAGAGAGCGAGCCGAGCUGCUUGCGAACCAGCGCUGCUGCUGCGGGAGCACUCUAGGCGGUCCGUGCUGACAGCCCAUGCCCUGCACCUCUCGGGGCGGUGGGGAAAGCUUCCCGGGCAGCAGAGAGCGCACAGGAGGCUCCGCCUUGUGCAUGUAAAGACCUUCGCCGUCGAUGCUCCGAGCAGCGGCCGGUCCAUGGCUGGUUUCCUCGCCCGUCUCUGAUAGCACCAUUCGGCUCGGAGCAGCAGGCAUGCUGGGUUCUAGCAGGCGGCACUGGGCUCCCCUCACAGUAGCACUGAGCCUGGUGUUGCUCCUAACUUUGUGGGUGCAGGUGUCCCAAUCCACGGGCUAUUUCGAGCUGCAGCUUAACGCGGUGAAGAAUGUAAACGGAGAAUUGUUGAAUGGGGAAUGUUGUGAUGGCAUGAAAAGUCCCCAGAACCUGAACUGUACCCGGGAUGAAUGUGAUACUUAUGUGAAAGUUUGUUUAAAGGAAUAUCAGGCCAAGAUCACGCCCAUUGGACCUUGCAACUACGGAUCCGGAUCUACCCCAGUUCUCGGUGGAAAUACUUUUUAUUUGAACAGCAACAAAUAUUCUCAUCAGGGCAAAAAUCAUGACGUGGGCAGGAUUGUUAUACCUUUUCAGUUUGCAUGGCCGAGAUCAUUCACAUUAAUAAUAGAAGCUUGGGACUGGGAUAACGAAACAAAAAAUGAUGAAGAGCUGUUAAUAGAGAGAGUGUCGUAUGCUGGUAUGAUCAACCCUGAGGAUCGGUGGAAGACACUACCAUUUAAGGGGCAUGUAGCUCAUUUUGAAGUGCAAAUAAGAGUGAAAUGUGAUGAGAAUUACUACAGCACGCGGUGCAAUAAAUUUUGCGGACCUCGUAAUGACUUUGUUGGUCACUACACGUGUGACCAAUAUGGAAACAAAGCCUGCAUGGAAGGUUGGAUGGGAGACGAAUGUAAACAAGCUGUAUGUAAACAAGGAUGUAAUUUACUCCAUGGGGGUUGCAGUGUACCUGGGGAAUGCAAGUGUCAUUAUGGUUGGCAAGGACAGUUCUGUGAUGAGUGUGUCCGCUACCCAGGCUGUGCUCAUGGGAGCUGUAAAGAACCAUGGCAGUGUAAUUGUGAAACCAACUGGGGUGGUCUGCUGUGUAACAAAGAUUUAAACUACUGUGGAAAUCACCAUCCAUGCUUGAAUGGCGGAACCUGUAUGAACACCGAACCAGAUGAAUAUCACUGUGCUUGCCCAGAUGGUUACUCUGGAAAGAAUUGUGAAAUUGCUGAGCAUGCAUGUGUAUCAAACCCUUGUGCUAAUGGUGGAAGUUGCCAUGAAAUUUCAUCGGGCUUCAAAUGCCAUUGUCCAUCAGGGUGGAGCGGACCAACAUGUGCUGUUGAUAUUGACGAAUGUGAGUCUAACCCUUGUGCUCGUGGAGGGACCUGUGUUGAUCGUGUUAAUGGCUUUGAGUGUAUAUGUCCACAACAGUGGAUUGGAGCAACCUGCCAGCUUGAUGCUAAUGAGUGUGAGGGGAAACCCUGUCUUAAUGCUUACUCUUGCAAAAAUCUCAUUGGUGGAUAUUACUGUGACUGCAUUCCAGGAUGGAAAGGAGUAAAUUGUCAUAUCAAUAUUAAUGACUGUCAUGGACAAUGUGAACAUGGAGGGACUUGUAAGGAUGAAGUGAAUGGUUACCAUUGCUUAUGCCCUCAUGGUUAUCAAGGGAAAAACUGUGAGAUAGAAAUAAAUGAAUGUGCAAGCAAUCCAUGUCAAAAUGGAGGACGUUGUGAGGAUCUGGUCAAUGGAUUCCGUUGUCUAUGUCAGCAGGGCUUUGCAGGAGCUUUCUGUGAGAUGGAUAUUGAUUUCUGUGAACCUAACCCUUGCCAGAAUGGGGCUAAAUGCUAUGAUCUAGGAGGAGAUUAUUACUGUGCCUGCUCCGAUGACUACGAUGGAAAGAAUUGCUCUCACCUCAAGGACCACUGCAAGAACAGUUCUUGCAAAGUAAUAGACAGCUGUACAAUAGAAGUAUUCACAAAUGCUACGCAGGAAGGUAUCCGUUUCAUUUCAUCUAAUGUUUGCGGGCCUCAUGGACGGUGCAUUAGUCAGCCAGGAGGGAAUUUUACUUGUGCCUGUGAGAGGGGUUUUACUGGAACGUACUGCCAUGAAAAUAUCAAUGACUGUCUUGGAAAACCUUGCAAGAAUGGCGGGACUUGCAUUGAUGAAGUAGAUUCAUUUAGGUGUUUCUGCCUAAGUGGCUGGGAAGGAGAAUUGUGUGACACAAGUGUGGUGUGGGGGUAAACCAUGUUUACUACAAAAACAUCAGGAUCAUGCAAAUAAUUGGUGUCCCAUUGGUCAAGAAUGCCAAGAAAUAAUGUAUAUCAAAUGUUUUCAACCACCUUGUACCAACUGGGGAGAAUGCAGCACAUCAGAGCCUCUACCUGUCAAUAUCAAGUGUCCGCCUAGUUCUGGAUAUUUAGACAAUAAUUGUGCCAGAAUUACUUUAAUUUUUAACAGAGACAAGGUACCCCAGGGCACUACCAUUGAAAACAUUUGCUCUGAAAUUCGAUAUUUACCAGCCACUCGGAGUGUUUCUAGGGACAGGACUUUGAUAGUAUUGUGUGAUCUAUCCUACUCCACAGAGAAUGCAGUGGAAGUUGCUAUUUCUUUUAUCCCACACCAAGAUGAGCAAGAUAACAGUCUAAUACAGAACGCUGCUAAUACAAUAGUAAAUGCAAUCACCAAACGGCAAAACAGCACUGCUAUGCUGGCAGUUACUGAAGUCAAAGUAGAGACCAUAGUUGUUGGGCAUUCAUCAUCAGAUUAUCUGGUUCCAAUACUCUGUGUAGUUUUUAGUAUUGUAUGGCUGACUUGUAUAAUCAUCUGUGUGUGGUGGACUCGAAAGAGAAGAAAAGAGCGAGAGAGAAGUCGCCCACCUAGAGAGGAGAGUACCAACAACCAAUGGGCACCUUUAAAUCCCAUAAGAAAUCCUAUAGACAAACCUUACAGUAACAAAGACAUUCGUUAUGAAUGCAAAAAUUUUAUAUCUCCUCAAAAAAGAACUUGUGAUGCAGUGGAGGAGUAUGUAGAGUAUGAGGAAGAGGAGGAGGAGGAGGAGGAAAGAGAGGUCAUGGAAAUGGACAAAUUCCUCACAAAUAAACUCACAAUGCCUUUGUCAGCAAAGGCAUCUGACAUGUCAGAGAGCAGUCCAAUAAAGAGAUCCCAUCAUAUAAGCAAAAUGGACAACAGAUCUGUAAAAAAUGUGAAUGCAUCAAACUUUGAAGGCGGUAGAGGCUAACUUGUAUUCAAAACAUAGGCGUACUGUGCCUACACUUAAUGGGGAGGGGGAAAUUGACAUCUCCACUUUGCAUCAAGGACUAAAAUAUCUGGAGUCAAAUGUUCAUAGUUUCUUUAUUUUGCGUAAAAAAAAAAAAAAAAAAAAGUUUAAAUAAAUAAAUAAAAAUAAUAAUAAAAUAAAAAAAAGUUUAUUUUGUUUCUUUAGCCUUGUAUAAAUUAUUCAAUGACUGUCAGAUGAAAAAGAGUAAUCUUUGAUAGUUGCUAUUUUUGUAAAGUUUACUUGUAAUACACUCGCUGUAUGGCAGAGGAGAGAGGUUGUAUUUUCAAUAUAUGUGUAAAGUUUAUUACAAGAGACUGUACACUGUUUACAGAAUGUAUUUCUUUUUAUUACUUGCUCUAAUUUAAUGGUGGCUUUAAAACCUCCUGGUUGAGGAAAUUGUGUGAACUUAAACUGUUUCUUGACUUCAAAUCUCUAUUAAUGGCAGCUCACUGCACUUGUUACGUUAGUAGCUUCUGUAAGUUUAUUUCAGAUUUGCCUUACACACUUUGUAACAGGAACAAAAAUUAUAGAGAUCUUUCAACUGUGGUUUAAAAGUGGCCUUUUUUAUUUUUUGUUUUAAUUACUUUAGAAUUGCAGUAUUGAAGCAUGUGACAAGUGCCUUGAGAUUAAACUUUUUCUAUAGCAACUGUCAAAGACUGCCAUACCAAUAUAGUUAAAUUUUGAGAACUGUUUCCCUAACUGACAUGGUUUAUUUUGUAAUUGUGAAAAUGCUUCUUUUGUAAAUAUGUAUAUAUUAAAUGAAUCACUCUGUAUAUUUGAUUUAAUAACUUAAAAUAUUUUGGUCUUUUUUUAUGUCAUUCCUUUUAAUUUAUGUUGCCGAAAGGGAGGUUUUAUGGCAGUUUAUAAAACUUUUUUUUGUAUUAUGUCCAGAUUAGAAGAAGAUGUUAGUUAAUACAAUCAAUGUUAGGAAUCUGUUGGUCAUUUAUAUUUACAUUGGAACACAAUCAUUAUUACGUGUAAAUAGGUCCAGAAACGUUUAUUUUACCCAAGUUCUUCCCAUCUCAAGAACACUAGAGGGUGCAUAUACUGUACAGUACAACAUAGCAAGGCAUUGUUUUUCUUUUGUGAAUGUUAAUUACAUGUGGUAUUACAUAUUUUUUGCAUUUAAAUACAGGCCUAAUGAAGGGAACAAUAUUUUCCUCAUUCUUGUUUCUGUUGUGCUUAUUCAUCUAUCGCUCUAAGAAAUAGGUUGGCGAAGUCAGAAGAUGGAGUACCUCAAGAGAAAUAGUUGUUCAUAAUGGAAGACUUGUGCAUUUUGUUUUUGAUUUUUUAAAAGCUUUAUUAUUGCUAUAACUGGGCAAACUAUACGUUUAUUUUUAAUUACUGGAAAAACCAUAACACUACAUACGCUUAGUUAUCUUACCAGUGAGAAGAGCGGAUGUUUAUCUGAAAGUAUAAACCCUGGCCAAUGAACAAUGUAAACAUGAAUGUUUUUGAAACCAAUUAUUUUAUACAUGAACGCAGGAAUUGUUUUGCAGGAUCUUCUGUCUAGUACAUUUUGUUUGACAUGUUCUUAAAUAACUUUCAGAAGAAAACUAUUUAUUAAAGCAUUUUAUAACAA